CAUUUCUGCUGCCCCACUUCCCCUCGCUCGAUUCGAUCCCCCCGCCCCGAGAAGAGCAGGAGCAAGCUAGGCGCAACCGACCAGCUACGCAACGCAACAAUGGCUUCCGCUUCCUCGAAUGCCAAGCAGAGCCUCUACCCGGAUGUUGACCAGUCCCACCCUGAUCUCAACACCCCCUUCUUCGCGCCCACCACCUCCACCGGCGCCGGCACCACCGCCGUGGGCAGCUCCCUCUACCCCACCGUCGACCCAAACGAGCUCGCCGAGAACCUCUUCCCCGAGACGGCCGAGGAGGACGCCGCGCCGCCGCCGCCCACCACCGAGGAGACCGUCGUCGCCGUCCCGGGCGCGCAGCUCCACCUCGUCGACCCCGACCGCAGCCUCGACCUCGGCGCUGGCACGCUCUCCAUCGUGCGCCUCCGCCAGGGGGACCACUCCGUCGCCGUCCUCGCGCGCUUGAUCCCCGAGAAGCCCCACCAACGCCGCGGCCUCUUCCGCCUGUUUAGCAGCGGGCGGUCUGACGGUGGCGCCGAGCAGGAGCCCGUCCAGUGGCCGCUCACCCGCGAUGUCGCCGCGGUCAAGCUCGACCCCGCGCACUACUUCUUCUCGCUCCAUGUCCCGCACACGGACCACCCGGACGACAAGGAUGACGCCGAGGAUGCCGAGGCGGACGCGGAGGCGGCGCUGAGCUACGGCCUCACGGUCGUUGGGAAGGGGCAGGACAAAGUAUUGGAGGAGCUGGACAGGGUCCUCGAGGAGUACACUACCUUCUCGGUGAAGCAGGUGGAGGCGGCGGCGAAGGAGAAGUCGGAGGUCAUGGACGCGAGGGCGGUGGCCGAGAUCACUCCGGAGGAAGCUGUCGGGGAUAAGAAGGAGGUCGUCGAGGAGAAGUCGGCGGCGUUCUGGACGACAAUCGCGCCGAACGUCGACGAUUACAGCUCGUCGGUGGCGCGGCUGAUCGCGCGGGGCUCGGGGCAGCUAGUGAGGGGCAUCAUCUGGUGCGGCGACAUCACGGCGGAGGGCCUGCGGCGUGGGGAAGAGGUGGUGAAGAAGAGCGUGGGGCCCAGCGCGAAGCCGACGCAGGUGAAGCCCAGCACUCUCAGAAGGAUGAAGAGGGCUAGGAGGGUUACAAAGAUGUCCAACAGGGUGGCAAACUCAAUCCUGUCUGGUGUUCUGAAGGUCACUGGCUUUGUCACAAGCACCGUGUUGAACUCCAAACCAGCACAAAAGUUUUUCAAGUUAAUGCCUGGCGAAGUUAUUCUUGCUUCACUUGAUGGAUUUGGGAAAGUAUGGGAUGCUGUAGAAGUGUCUGGCAAGAACGUGAUGCAGACAUCAUCAGUUGUCACAACUUCUGUUGUAACACACAGAUACGGUGAACAAGCAGGGGAAGCCACACACAAUUACCUCCACGCUACAGGAAAUGCUCUCGGAGCUGCGUGGGCUGUAUUCAAGAUUAGGAAAGCACUCGACCCUAAGGGUAAUUUGAAGAAGUCAUCUUUUGUAAGCCAAGCAGCGCACACUGUAGCUAAAGAAUCAAUUGCGAGGCAAAAGAAGAAGUGAGCUGGCCUGGUCGACAGUUCGACUAUGCCCGUAAUUUAAUCUGUUGCUCUUGUAGUAUGUUAGCAAUAGGAACUAGGAAGCUAGAUCUUGUGAGUUUGUGACUGUUGUCAUGAGGUUUUGAUCUCUUCUUUCCUUCUUUUUUUGGGCUGUGUUCAUUUUGUUGUACACUGAUGUUCUACAUACGUUUGGUUUGUGGCACGACAGUUUCUUAAGGCCUUGUUUAGUUCCUGUGUGAAAAGUUAAAGUUUUUAGGUACUAUAAUAUUUUUGUUUGUAUUUGGUAA